AUGGAUUUUUCAAGAAGAAAUAAUACUGAGGAACAAAGGUGUGUUAUGGGACUGCAAGAUUUAAACAUAACAAACAAAGACGAAAAUGAAACGGAGCAGGCGCACAGUGCAAUGACAUCUAACUUAACAGCGCAGACAAAAAACAGGCCUGUAGGCGCGAUCGAAAGUUUUACUUUAGAUAAUAAACAUCCUAUUAAUCGCCAGGACUACAGUUUCUAUGAACGAUCUAAUGUCAUAGCUGCAUCCAAAUACGCUACACCCAAACGGGUCGAAACUAUAGCAUCUAUAAACAAACGUGAUAUCAACACCACAGCUCUGCCGCCUAGCCCUACUCACUCCAUUGAAUCGAUAUCUCAAAGGUCUCUCAGUUACCAAACUGAAGAUCUGUAUGAAAUUCCCGGUAAUACUACUACGUCGUACCCUCCACCUGUGUACGAAAACAUCGACUAUUACGGUGAGCAACAAUUGCCACAGCCACCGUUCUAUCAUCAGCUCUACCAGCAAUCACCUCCAGUUGCACCAGAAGGAUACUACGAUACUAGAUAUAGCAAAGCUCAGCCUCAAGUGCCUGUCAAUACAAAACCUAAACCAGUAGUUUAUGAGAACAUGCUUUGCUCUGAAAAUGACAAAAAAAUUGACUUCAAAUCACAACCAAAACUUAAUCAACAUUUCAUACAGCAUAGUUCUACUCCAGGACCACAAGUCCCAAACACAAAUAAAAACAUAUCAAAUGAUAAAGGAAAAAUAGACAAAGUUCCUCCACCACCUCCAUACAAUUCAACUCAGGACACUUCUAGUGGAGAUUAUACCAUAAUGAAAUCCGCACCACCUAAGUACACUGAUGUUAGUACUCUAUUAAAGAAUAAUAAUACUGUAACUUUUGAUGAUAAAGUUACCAAUGUUCCAUCUGCUGCUAUUUAUGCAUCUAUAGCACCAAGUGCUCAAAGGCCAAAAGCUAACAUUGCUACAGAAGUUCAAACUGCUGUAGCAGCACCAAAAUUUUUCCACCCUAAGCCAUUACUGGGUAAUGGGCUUGGUAAAAUAAAGCCAGCUGUGGCUAAUGGUUAUAACCCUGCAGUUAAAAUCCAGACAGCUAGAAUGCAAAUUGUUGAUGACACAAAUGGAUCAGAUUAUGUCUGUAUGACAGGGGGAACAGCACCAUCUGCUGUAGCAGCUGCAAGUAGGGACAAUGUGUCAUUAACAGAAUCAGUGGGCUCAAGAAAUUUAACAUGCACCCGUACAUCAAUGUGUUCCCCAUCCCAGUCACCUGCUCCAAGUCCAACUCCUAGUUCAGUGUCUCAGGUAUCUGGUGGAUCGAGAGGUUCAGGCGGUCGAGGCAAAACCCUGUUACCCUAUAGUAUCACUCCACCUCGUCCGCCAGGCCCUAGUGAAGCUCAAAGGAAAAUAGAAGAGAUGACAAGGCAACUAGAAGAAGAAAUGGAGCGGCAAGAUGAGGAGGGGGAGUAUUUUGGUAUAUGUCACACAUGUGGUGCAGGAGUAACUGGGGCUGGUCAGGCAUGUCAGGCAAUGGGAAAUCUUUAUCACACCAACUGCUUCAUUUGCUGCUCUUGUGGACGAGCUCUAAGGGGAAAAGCUUUCUACAAUGUACAUGGAAAAGUGUACUGUGAAGAAGACUAUCUGUAUUCUGGCUUUCAACAAACCGCUGAGAAAUGUGCAAUAUGUGGUCAUCUUAUAAUGGAAAUGAUACUGCAAGCUAUGGGCAAGUCAUAUCAUCCAGGUUGCUUUCGGUGCUGUAUUUGCAAUGAAUGCCUUGAUGGAGUGCCCUUUACAGUUGAUGUUGACAAUAAAAUAUAUUGUGUCAAUGAUUAUCACCGAAUGUUUGCUCCUAAAUGUGCCAGUUGUGGAAAAGGCAUAACCCCAGUAGAAGGAACAGAUGAAACUGUGCGUGUGGUGUCGAUGGAUCGAGAUUUCCAUGUGGAUUGCUAUAUGUGCUGUGUUUGUGGCAUGCAGCUUACCGACGAGCCAGAUAAAAGAUGUUAUCCUCUAGCUGGUAAACUAAUGUGCCGUGCCUGUCACUUGGCAACUAUAGGCGCCGCCUCUGGGCCGGGCGUUACGACUGCUCCCCAUCUCUCACCAGCUUCCUACCAGUAUAUGGGUUGA